AUGCAAUCUACAGCCCCACCAGCGAAGCGAAGAAAGCCAAAUCGAGAGCCUAUCCAGAAAGCAACCAUUGUUCGGUCUGCUACUGACGAGGAAAGCAAAACAACAACAGGAACAGUUGACAAAAAGAUCCUCGAUAGGAUUCAAAAAUGUCUCGAUCGCGCUAGCCAUCCAAACACAACGGAGGCAGAAGCCAAAGCCGCUCUCUUUGUCUCCCAAAAGCUUAUGAGCCUGCACAAUAUCAGCCAAGGGGAUCUGAUAGCGAAUGAUACGAGCAACAACAAAGGUCACUACGGCGGAAAAAGCGUCGUUUCCAUUACAAAGAUCAGAGGCCCAUCCAGCAAAGUUAUUAUGGAAGCCUUCGUAGGGAAGGUGGCUUCGGCCAUGAGCAUUUUGUACGACUGCAAGUGCUAUUCCACAGAUUACUACAGUCACAUUGACUGGUCCUUCUUUGGGAUUGCCAAUAAUACUGUGGUGGCGGCGAGGGCAUUUGAGGUAGCACACAACAAGAUAUUAGAGUGGGCGUGUGACUAUAAAGGGGGUAAAUCCACAUUUAGUUACCGUCUUGGAGCGGCGGAUGGACUCAAGGCCAUGGCAUACAGAGAGAGGAAACGAGAGCUCACCCUAGCCCGACGCAAGGCACUGGAUAUGUUUGAGGCUAGGGAGCGUGAGGAGGCAGAUGAGCGCCGACGAGAGGUAGAAAGGCUGCAAAUUUUACCUAAUACCUCUCCCGAUCCCGAUGAAGAGGGAGCCGACUCGGAUGCCAAGCCAGGAAUGCCCGAAAUAGCUUACACUUUCGAUGGCGAUGACGAUGAAAACGACUUGCUUGAUACCGAGGCAGACUUCAAUGCGAAAGAUGUGGAUGUCACCGAUCUCCAUGACGACGACGAUGUGGAUGCGUACAUCGACAAAUUUGUGAAGCAGGAACCGGCUGAGUCGCCAAGUCCUGAUGAAAUACCCCCUUCCAGAACAGAGCCUGGCAGAGAGAUCAAACCGGAAUCUAAGCUCCCAUCCAUUCUAGAACAGACUCCCUGGGAGUCUGACACGCAGCUUGUUCAAUUUCGAGCAACCUCAGAACAGGUUGCCAAUGAUUAUCUGACGGAGAACCAUAUCAAGUUAAGGAACAGCAAAAGAAAGUGCUCAACUGCUAGCGAUGUGGAUGCCUAUCGCCGGGGCCAGCAGGACAGUUCGAAGAUCGAAGUUGGCCGAGAGGCGUUGGAAUGA